AUGUUCAACAGAUGUUCGCGCAUUCAUGAUCAAGGGUUGCCGUUUGCAGAGAUAGGCAGAAGAUUAUACAGUAGUAAACUAGACCAUAGUAGCGCUAGUAACCAUCAAUCACCACACAAGUCCGACCUGACAACCGAGAAAUUGCUUACCCGCCGAGAUAUAGACUAUAAAUUACGCACCUGGGAAGGGGUAUCAGAGUCUGUGUCUUAUAAACGAGCGCACGACCGCGAUAAGGAAUACAUCAGAUCUCAAGAGCCGUCUGGGGCCGGAGGGGUGCAGGGAGAUGACUUGUCGAACCACUUUCCACACUCCACUAAGCGCAAAACAAACACAUCGAAGCGCAAAGUAAACACACAGGGUACUAAUUGGGUGAUUGUGGGUGGUAAAGUCGUACGCAGGAACGAAAGGCCUCCCGAGAAAGACCAGUGGAAGAAUGCGAUCCACUUGAUAAAGAGAGGGCUGAAACAGAACAAUGGUGCCGUUACAGAUGUUCAUUGUGCCUUUGUGAUGGAUCUCUGCAAGAAGGAGAAGCGCUUUGUGGAGUGUUGGGAGGUAUUUCAAGCGGCGAUGCAACACCGACUGCCUGUGAACGAACGCAUGUGUGUACUAGCAACCAAAAGCUUAAAAUACACCAGUCAAGUCGAAUGCAUAGCGGAAGUGGUGCAUGCAAUGUCUGGGUAUCCACUUUAUGACCGUAAAAGGCCAUUACAAGUCCUGCACAGCCCUUUGGAGCCAGAUGAAAUGAUCUGUGUGCUAGGUAGGUGUGGUCGCGUAGAUGACGCGCUGAAGGUGUGGAGUGCAUACUGUGGGAAUGCCUCAGCAGUAGACCUCACGGCUCGAUCCCGUGUGUUUGUGAUGGUUCAUGCCGCAGGUAGCGUGAGCGGGGUAGAGGUAAAGGAGAGUGUGGUUUCGAGUGGCGCCGUAUGUAGUACUCAAAUCCGCGGUGCAAAGAUCACAGGAGGUAAAAGUACGGGUAAGGGCAAAGUUACAUUCGCGUCAAUGGGUAACGCGCUGUUAGCUGGAAUGGUGCCUGAUCGCCCGCAUGAGGCCCUCAGAUUUUACAAAAAUGAACUUGCCUCUAAUCCGGCGUAUACGCACGACCUGAGCACAGUGAACGCAUUGCUUUCAGCAUACGCACAUGUGGGAGAUUUCGAAUCCGGUGCGCAUUUAUUUCGUAUGCUGGAACAUACAUUUGUGCCGGCCAAUCCGGCUGCCCGAUCUUCACCUAUACACAGAUCUUCUCUCUUUCAUGGACACAAUGGGCGGAUAAGAAGAUCAUUGGAAGCGGAUACACUCAAUGGCCUACAUACAGAACAACCCAUAGUCGUUGACCCCAAGCAGACCAUGGGGAACAUACACAUACCAGAUCACCCAUAUCCAACAGCGCAAUCAACACAAACUCUACGCUUAGCUCCUAAGCGGGACACUUAUCACAAGAUGCUUCGACUUUGUUGCGCGACGGGGCACUAUGACGCUAUGGCUGAUGUGGUCUUAGGUAUGUGGCACAGCAAACCACAGUCUGAUCUCCGACCGAAUUCCGAAACAAUCGCGGUGGGCGUGGAUGCGCUCACUCGCUCAGGCGAAUGGAAGCGAGCCCUGGUGUUCUUUGAAACACUUUCAGCAUCUUCGACGCUAGAGCAGAGCACGCGUAGCUACAACACGUUGAUGCAUGCAUACGGAUCAGGAGGAGUUCUGAAGAAAUUACCGCAAGUCUUGCAGAAAAUGAGGGAGCACGGUGUUAAACGGGACGUUGUCACAUACAACACAGCAAUCUCUGCGUAUGCCCGAGCCGGAUGCUUUGACGAGGCUGUCCAGAUGUUUUGUGCUGGCCAGCGUGAUGGCACAUCCAUGGGUGCUAUCUCAUACACUGGCGUAAUAGAUGCGGCGAACAGCAGUGGUCGGUACACUGAGGCAUUGCGAUGGUUCGAUGAGAUGCGCGGAAGGAAACUUAAACUCAACGCAACCGCAUACACAUCAGCCCUGACUGCAUGCGUGGGCGGGGGCCGGCAAGCGCGAGCGGUGGAUGUAUUCGGAGAGAUGCGCGCUAAUGAUGUACGACCUAGCGAGGAUGGAUACGUUGCGAUCUUCAAUGCUUUCACACAACUGGAUAUGUGGCAGGAGGUGAUACGGAUUAUCGAUCGAUUUCAAGUGACUGAGAAAGUCAAUUGGGGCUCCGUUAGAACUCUUUCAACAAAUAAUGGCGACCUCAAGGCUAGUAUAUCGGGGACAAAGUUAGCUGAAUACGGGUAUAUUCGAGAACCUAAUGCUAAAUCGCACAGAUUGACGGGUUAUGUGGGUACUACCGCGGAGGAACUGGCACCAGGUAUAAAAGUGUACAAUGCGGCGCUGACUGCGCUUUAUGAAAUGGGCCAGUGGCGGCACGCGUUGAGAAUAUUCUAUACUCUCACACAAUCGAAUACGGAUACGCAACAACUACGAGAGAGUGAAUUCACGACAGAAAUCGUCCGAGGCGGCACGAGGAAGUCUUUUAUGGGGUCUCCCAAACCGGAUAUUGCAACUUACAAUAUAUCGCUGCUACUGCUGAGCAUGGGUGGUCGCCCACACGAAGCCAUGCGAGUGUUCAAAAGCUUGAGUGAGUGCGAGUAUUUUUUCAAUUAUACGCCAGAUGUGCAAGCGGGGUUAUCCGCUGAUAGAAGGGUGGAUACUGGUCCACGCAUUUCUCGUGCCUCGCAUGUAGAUACCCAGAAUACACGCCUGCCACAGAGGGAUGGGAUUACAUACCACAACAUUAUACAAGUGUUAUCCGAGCACGGACAUUUAGACUCUCUCAGGCUAAUCAUGAACGAUUAUCACAAGUUUCAAUCUGCUAAUAACACUGGAGGUGAUGUACGCGGCUUGACUGGCGAGCAGCACUCCAAUGUAUAUGGCCAUUCCACAGGAUCGGAGUCAGCAGAAAUCUCGCAUCAUAGUUUACACAAUAACGGGCAUACACGGGCGGAUACCAGUCCGAAUUCAGAAACUGACGUCUCAUUCGAAUCAGCUAUGUCGAAAAUCAACGCCAUGAUGGGCGAGCACGGGAAACCAAUUGCAGGCACGCCGCAGGCGGGCUCUAAAUCACGCACGCCCGAGAGUCGACGAGUGGGAGUGGUAUCUCAACGAUCUUUUUCGAACUUGAUCGAUAGAUCAAGUGUCUCCUUUUGCUUAUACGAUGGGAGGGAACUCGAUCGAUUACCAAAGCGGAGCGCAAGUACAAAACCCCUGAUCAAGCAUUGCGGGCGAUCUUUCCAUACAAGUCGAGGGAGACCGCCAUGGUCAAAUCAGUUCGCAAUAUCGCCGCCGAGACCUAUCAUAUUCGAUGGCCAACUUCGCUGCAAAAUGGGGUUCGCAUCAUGUCGCAGUUUCAGUGCUUUUACUGUCCAACAGGCAGUAUAUAGUCGACCCAAUACUUGGCAGACAUACUUUCAUGUCGCAAAAAAUAGUCACCUUCACAGUGCUACCGUGAAUUUCAGCCCAUUCCGCUUCAUCACAUAUCGGGGCAAUUAUACGGAUGCAAAAAACCUAGAUUCUUUACCACCCGCUGUGAAAGUAAUACAUACAUACAGUCCGUCUUCGACUACGAUUCGUAAGUCCGCAGCAAAACGUAAAGCGUAUCCAGUCGUUGCUGCUAAGCAAUCAAGUCCGGACACCACCAACUACAACGCAACAGAAGUGUCAUCGAUUAUUUCUAAAACGCGGGACACACAUGUAUCAUUCCUACCUGAAAGCAGCACAACGGGUACUGCUAACAAUCUGGCUCAAAGAAUUGUCCUAUCGGAUUCUGCGAGGUAUAGGCACUCGCGUUUAAAUCCAGUUCCGCCACCGACAAGCGAAGUGCAACAGAGUCCAUCACACGAGCCAAUCGGGUCCAAUACGAAGCGAACGAGUCAUCUUCCAUUGCAUCAGCAGCCCAUUAACAUAUCUUCCUUGGAAGAUCUAGACACCGCGCUCUCCCGGGCACUCGCUAAUUAUAAAUACAGCUGGCAGGAAGGCGUGAGGCGUGCGGUACAGGUCAAUGACAGUGCUGUAUCGCUGGGGAAGCCGUCUGCGAAGCUACGGCGCGCCCAAAAGUAUCUGAGCAGUGCGAAUAAAAAUGCAGUUUCCGUGGGAACAAGCCACUAUGACCAGCUCCUGAGCAUAUGUAUGCAUGAGAGGCACAUUCCAACUGCCUUGACGGUGUUGAAUGAAAUGCAGGCAAUCGCAAACGAUAACAACAACGUGGAAGGCAGUGGUCAAAGAUUAUUGUCACCCACCGCAUAUCAAGUAAAGAUGCAUAUUUGCGAUCGGAAAGGCAACAGUAAGGAGGCCGUUCAGACGCUCCGAGAGUACUUAAGUGCGUACGGCACGCACAAAGCCGUAUCAUCUACCACUGACUACGAUGGGGGAAGUGCGAUUCUCCUUGAACGGACUGGGCAGGAGUUCUGCGGACUGGCUAAUACAUUGGUGGCAAGCACCGAUUUUAUGUCCCAGUACGCGUUAAAAACAUGCGCGAGGACGGGUGAUUGGAACAAAAUAGAACAGGUUUUGGUGCUGGCUAAGGGUGCGAUGUCAGGCAGGCCACCAUACAGUGCAGUUGAUCGCUUUGGCGUACAAACGCAAGCAACCGGAAGGAUGUCUAUACAGUCUAGAGGGGCGUCGCAAUCUGAGGGAAGGGCGCGGACGUGCGCGACUACGAGCCAAGAUGUGCCUGCUCUUGACUUUGAUGCGUUGUGUCAAUUGGGAUUGCGAGAGAUACUUGCGCAGGCGGCCCCUAAGAGUGGGCGACUCAAGGGCAAAACAAACGUGGUCACGCCAGUUCAACAACGCUUGAUGAGUAUGCUUGACUACUUGUACGAGCACAAAAUGUGUGUUUUCAGAGUAGAGCUAAACAUCAACAGCAUCAAUGUACAGGUCGUGGACGCUAUGAGUAAGGACGAUACCACUAAAGUUGCGAGUACCAUAGUUGUGGAGGGUGCUCGGGCUGCUGCUCCUGCGACCACGAAGCUCUCAGGUUCUGAGCGCAAGCAUAGCGGAAGCAUACAGGGUAGGAGGCAAGUGCCCACAGCGAAUGGAGUCGAAUCUCUGUCGAACGCGAAACCGGUCGCUCUGUGGCCGACAAUUGCACAAUCAAACGAGCAAAGUAGACGCUUGUUAAUGUGCAUAUCACACAUUCGACCAACGGAUCGAUCACCUGCCACCCAGCUCGCCUUCAUACACGUGUGCGCAUCGCUUGGUUCUCGCCUCGAAGGCAUUGACGCUUUGAAGGUAUAUUUACAGAGAUUCAGAUCUCGGACUGAUAAAUUGUGUGCCCGCGAGCGCCUGGAGGAUCAACAGGCGUUCUCUAAAAUGAUGAGGGUUUGUGCACAGCAAGGAAAUGGGGCGCAUGCUAGGGAUAUUCUAAGUAUGUGCGACAGAUACUUACGAAUCCACGCCGUGUCGCGUCUUUGGGAAACGAGCCGAGGAGAUAGAUCGAGUGGUGAUUCAUGUGCGAAUGACACAGAUAGACACAUAGGCGUGCUUAAGAACCAGGUAUGCCGGGGGAAAACAGACGAAGACAGUGUAAGCACGAAUAUUUCCAUUGUGUCAUCGGUAAGUGCGAAUCCAGAUGAGCAUACUCGCGUACGUACAGAAGGGACGAAUAUGUAUUCACAAAGGCUGGCCUAUCAUUUCAGUAGACAUGACUUGAUGUAUCAGGGUGUGGUGGAUGGCAUGCGAACCUACAAAUACCUAAAGAAACGGACGUGGCGUAACCUAUCGUUCAGUGCCACCUUACUCACCACUCUACUCUCGGAGUCGCAUGAUACUACCCUGGGAGACACGGCAGAACAACUGAUUGAGAGUGUCGUGCUGGAAUCGUUACGUGUGGGCGCUUUCAAUGACGUGGCAGGUAUUUGUAAGAGUAUGAAUCAAAGCAAUUUAUCGACGCGCAUCGUAUGCAUGUGGCUAGAGAUAUUCAUAAAGGGCACAGCUUCAUAUAAGGAAGUCUCGGAUAUCAAGCAUCAUACAGCCUCAAAUACUCAUAGUCAGACGAUGAAAAGUGCCACACUCAGGCCGAAGGAGUCCAUAUUGGCGGAUCUGCGACACAUAUUGGACAUAGGGAUGCAACAGCGAUGUCUAACGUCGGGUAAUAGCAAUGAUGUCAGCCAUCAAGCUAAGCUAUUUGACACUAUGAUCAACAGUUGUGCGGCGAUUGGAGACUAUAAACUCGCCGAAAGCGCAUUCCUGUUGCAGGUUCGCUACGGUAUAAAACCUGGGGGAAAAACCAGUCAGAUGGUACAUAAGUUCAUCACUAGCAAAUCCCAGAAGGCGGACAGCCAGUCACAGCUGGGCACCAUGUUCAGAUGUGUCAAGCUGUUGACCGACGACUCUGUAGCCAUAGUGGACAUAGGGACUGCUAAUAGCCAUUUGCUGAAAAUGGUCCGGAAUAGACAAAUACAGAUGUCCAGAUAUCUAAUCGAGAGAAUUCUACCCGUACUCAACAUCAGUCCAGACAGGAGUACAUAUGAUAUGUACUUUCGCGCUUUAGAGAAGGGCAGUAAGUGGCAGACAAUCGUAGAGUUGUAUCCGAAGUUUCAGGAGAUGAUUAUGAAAAAUUUCCGCACUAACGGAGGGAGAGCAGCGGACACAUCCUAUCAUACAGACGGAGUUCAUCAUUCUGACGGGGCGUACAUGAACGCCCUUAAAGCCCAGGUAAAGCUUGGAAAAUCUGUAGAUGUUUUAGACAUUGUCAAUGAUGUGUAUAGAGCCAAGGUAAUGCCUACUGCUCAACUGUUGUAUGUUGCCGCCGCAAACUGUGCUCAGAGGAGGGGUGCUUGUGCGGCAUUGUCACUGUGUGAACGCAUGCAAGACGCGCACUUCGAAGUGGUCGAGCCGGUGUGGAAAAAAGUGAUGGCUGCUCUAUCUGAUGCCGGACUGUCUGAUGAAGUAUCGGUGAUGAUUAGGGUGGGUAGUCUCGAGGUUUAUCGCCAGCAGGGUGUACCUUUGAAGAAGUCGGCUAAACGUUAUGCUCAGGUAUAUCGAAAAGGGCGGGAGGAGUAUGAGGAUCUCACUAUUGAAAUGGGACUCCCGAAGGAUGUGCUGUGAUCGUAGUAGUCAUUAGCAUCGUGGUGCAUCCACUUGCUGGCAACAUACGUAGACUGAUGUUCCCGUAAAAUACCGAAGAGAACAGAGCUGGUUGGUACUUGGUGGACCAAUUCUCACCAACGGUGGUGCCGCAGAUUUACGGAAAUCAGCUGGUAUUUAGAUAAAUAAGCAAACCAUGCGAAUCUAAUCCUCAAAUAUUCAAGACAAUUUAGAUAAAUUGAUAAAAG